GCUAGCUCUCAGCAGCGCUCCUGAGCCGCUGAGGCUGCGAAAAGUGAGAGGCGGUGAGCUCGCGUGUGCCAUCGGCGCGGGACCGGAGGAAGCAGAUCGGGGACGGGCUCCAGAGGGGCGUCUUCGGACCGCGCUGACCCGCGUGCCACUAUCUCACUACCCUGCUGUGUCAGCUCAUCUGUUGGAGUCCAGCUCAUGCAGAAGACCAGGUGAAACACCCCCCCUCGUGGAACUAAGUAACUACCGGAUUCUUGCCCACUGUUGGGUUAGUUGGACUGCAGACUUGCUGUCCCAGGAGAAGAUGGGAAAAGGUUGCAAGGUUGUCGUUUGUGGGCUGUUGUCCGUUGGGAAAACUGCAAUUUUGGAGCAACUCCUUUAUGGGAAUCACACUAUUGGCAUGGAAGACUGUGAAACGCUGGAAGACGUGUACAUGGCAUCUGUGGAGACAGACCGUGGGGUGAAGGAGCAGCUGCACUUGUACGACACCCGAGGCCUGCAGGAAGGCGUGGAGCUGCCUAAGCACUAUUUCUCAUUUGCCGACGGCUUCGUUCUCGUGUACAGCGUGAAUAACCUCGAGUCCUUCCAGAGAGUGGAGCUUCUGAAGAAAGAGAUUGAUAAGUUCAAAGACAAAAAGGAGGUGGCAAUCGUUGUGUUAGGAAACAAACUGGACCUUUCUGAGCAGAGGCAAGUGGACGCUGACGCAGCACAACAGUGGGCUAGAAGUGAGAAGGUGAAGCUCUGGGAGGUGACGGUGACGGACCGCAGGACGCUGAUUGAGCCCUUCACACUACUGGCCAGCAAGCUUUCCCAGCCCCAGAGCAAAUCUAGCUUCCCUCUGCCAGGGAGGAAAAACAAAGGGAACUCCAAUUCCGAAAACUGAGUCAAGCCUUGAAAUGUCUCUAGCAUGACACAGGGUUCCGAUUUAAUGUGGCUCUUCACAAACCUCCUCUGGGCCUUAGGGAACCCCUAAGUGGUAACUUAAUGCACUUUAAUGCAAGCUACUGGUUUGCUGCUGUUGGACAUUAUUUUGUCUUUAUUUGAAACCUGCUCUUAAAAUCGAGUUUUGUUAUUCUGCACCUGUCAGUAAUAAUAAACGUUAGAGUAUGCAGUGUACCAUGGGAAGGAACCCUUCCAGCUUGUCAGGGACUCUCAUACUCAUUGUAGUUUUAUGCACAUGCCUUGGCGUGACCAUAAGUCAUUACUGUGUGUGUGGAGUUGGCUUUCUCCUUCCAUCUACGCAUGAAUUUCAGGGCUGUAACUCAGGUGGCCUGGCUCGCCUGGCAAAGCACCUUCUCCACUGAGUCAUCUUAACAGGCCCAGAAUUCCGUUUUAAAAACGUUGACUACUCAGGGCUGGGGAGAUUGCUCAGUAGCUAAGAUUGAAGCUCUCACAGAAGAGCCAGGUCCAGUUUAUAGCACCUACAUGGUGGCUCAUAACCACCUAUAAGAGAGUCCAAAGGAUUCAGUGUCUUCCCUUGGUUUCUUCAGACAUUGCAUGCAGUUAGUGCUCAUGUACAGAUGCAGGGAAAACCAUACACACGUAGAAUGAUAGCUAAACUUUUUUAAAGGUUAAUUAUCUAAUAUCUCAGAUUAUAAAGCUUGGCAGUGGCUUUCUUUGUGCAGCUAAAUUGUGCCAAUGACGACAAUCUGGACCUCUGAGUUAAACUCUCAUUUCACGGAGGCUUUGCUGACAGACCACAUGUGGUUUUGCGUCGCUCGCUCUGUUAAGUAUAAUCGAUCGUAGGUUAGCAUGAGUAGCUUCUGUAUUCAGAGCCCUGUCUUUAUAAGCUAGGCCUGUGCUGACGAUAAAGUGAAAUACUAGAGGGUCUUCAGAAAACGGUUAGGCUGAAGAAUGAGGAAGCAUCCCUUUCUUCUAAUAACCUCAUCGUAUACAAUAAAAUGUCAGAAAUACAGAGUUACCACUAGUUUUACAUAUUAAUCUGAGUUUGUAAUUUAGUUUAUGGAAAAUCUUACCAAGAUCCGAGCAGUUUUGGUCACUGUAUUGAACAAGAUUGCCAGACCUAUGCAAAGAACUAGGAAAUGAACUGCCUGGUGGUUCCAACUGUAAAUCAACUUUAGCCAUUUACCUGAAAAGCAAAGUGUGAAACAAGGUGUAGUAAACACAGGAAGGCAAGUAAAGUAUGGACUCUUCAGUGCAAUGCUUUCAACUGUGGCUGGCUCAGUCCAGUGAGUUCAAGCCAAGGACCGCCGUGUAUAAUGUAAACCAUUAGCACUAUUGCCACUUGCUUUUCUGUUGGUGGCACUGCAGUCUGAACCCAAGGGUUCACACACAUGCAUCAUUAACCGUUUUACUUUGUGAGAAAGGGUCUUAAUAAACAACCCAAGCUUUGAAGUUGGAAUCCUUGUGCCCUGAAUACUGGGGUUAUAGCCACCAGGCUUGUCCCUCAUCCCCCUAAAGACAAGGUUACUGUAUAACCCUGGCUGGUUGGAAUUAUGUAGACUAGGCUAGCCUUGACCUCCAAGUCCUGCUCAGCUGGGAUUAGAAGUGUGUACCACCAUGCUGUCUUGGCCAAUUCUUUAAAAAAAAAAAACAAAAACCAAAAACUUUUCCGGUUAUCCCUCAGGUUAAGUCAGUCCUCUAGCCUGCCCUUCCAAGUACUUACUUUCAGCUUUUUUUCUGAGGUAUUUUAUUUCAAUCCCUGCCUGGAGUUUCCGUUUUUCCUUUUGACUACAUUUAGAUCUUGUGCUUUAAUAUACAUGGAAUUACUUAUGUUUCUAAAAUUGAAGAGUGAACAUGUCCUGGGUCAAUUUUUUCCCUCCCUCGGCCCCUUUGAGACAGGGUCUCAUGUAGCCUAGGCUAGUCUGAAGCCCGGCGUGUAGCUGAGGAUGACCUUGAGCUCUAAUCCCUGGCCUCCAUCCGCCCUGGGAAGAAGGCCUGUGUAUACUACUGUUCUCAGCUUUCACCUGCAUGAGUCUGGAGGCUUCCCAUGGGCUUGUUUCUCAUGUGUCUGCUGCCACUUCCUCUGCAGAUCAGAAAAUGCUUUGAGAAAAAGGCAUUGCAGUGCAUCUUUGAAGCUCACCUGGCUUACACAGUUUAUUGUUUUUAAGAUAUCUCCAGGGGGCUGAAGCGAUGGCUCAGUGGUUUAAGAGCAUGGACUGCUCUUCCAGAGGUCCUGAGUUCAAUUCCCAGCAGCCACAUGGUGGUUCACAUCCAUCUGUAAUGGGAUCUGAUGCCCUCUUUUGGUGCGUCUGAAGACAGCUACAGUGUACUUAUAUAUAAUAAAUAAAGAAUUCUUUAAAAAAAAAA